UUUCCAAUGAUGGCUCAAGCUGCGAUUAUCAUCUUACUUCUCUACAAGAUAUACUCUGUUCCAGCAGUGAGAAAUUCAGAGCCAGUAGUCAUCUCAGCUGAGCCUGGUAAAGAGGUCACUAUCACCUGCACAUUUGUAGAUGACUCUAGUGCAGAUGUUAGGAUUUGGUACAAACAAAGACUGGAGCACAUUCCACUGGAAGUGGGAUCAAAGUGUAAAGAUAAGGACCCAGUAAUGUCACCACGUUUCAAACAAACAAGAUUUAAAAUAGGUAGAAUAGUGAAUGGCAUUUCUCUCAGGAUUGAACAUGUUACUAAAGAAGAUGAAGGAAUGUACUUCUGUGGGCUGAGCGGACAGAAAGAGAUGAACGUUUCUACUGCUACAUUCUUGGCUGUAACAGGACAGUCAGACAUAUCAGUGCUCCAAACUGCAGUACAGGGUUCAGUUUCUCCAGGAGAGUCGGUCACUCUGCAGUGCACAGUCCUCUCUGAGAUCACAGCAGCAGAUCUCCGAGUGCUCUGGGUCAGAGCUGCUGCAGGACAAUCCUUUCCUGAAAUCAUUUACACUCAUCAGAACAGCAGCAGCCGUCAGUGUGAGAUCAGCUCUUCUACAAGCUGCUCUGUGUAUGAGUUCUCUAAGAACAUCCUCGACCAGCACCAUACUGGAACUUACUACUGUGCUGUGGCUGCUUGUGGGAAGAUCAUUUUUGGGAAUGGAGCAUCAGUAGAACUGAAUCCUGCAGGUCAUAUCGUUCCUGUAAUGCUGACCCUGGCAGUUUUCUCAGCAGUGUGUGUGGCUGUAAUCUGCGCUCAAACCAUUUUAAUCCAUAGACUGAGAAAAUCUGAAUGCCGUGCUGGUGAGAAAGCUCAAGAGGGGGCUGUGAAUGAGAGGACCACCAGACAGGAACAAAAUCCUGAGAACCUGCAUUACGCUGCCAUCCACAUCAAAGAGAAGAAAGCCAAAGGUGGGAGAGUGAAGAGAGAACAGCCUGAAGACGUUGUUUACUCUCACGUGAGAAGCUCCAAAGCUGCUGCUCAGCGCUCACAUCGCUAGUUUCCUAAGAUGAUCAUGAGUGAAGAUUUGGACCUUUUCAUGCCUCAAAUGAGCUCCAGUCUUUAAUCUGUAGCUUUUAUUUCUUGUUAGUGAUUGUUCUGCUGAUU